GAAAUAUUUCAAGGACUAUUUCGCUCCACCGGCACUCGAGUUAUCCCGAAUAAGGGAGGCAAAAGUAAGACUCCCGAUGAUGGUAGGAAGCCUCAAAAGCCCAACGACAAGGAGCAAUCGGAUGAACCGGAAGAAGAACAUUCGCCUCAGAAGCAUACACCGAAUCUCGAGGAGUUGCGCCUCAUGUAUCUUGAAAAUCUUAUUCUAGAAGAGAAGCUGAAGAGAAGAGCCCGACGAAUUAGACGGGAAAUGGUCAAAGAAUCGCGACAACGCCGGCGACGUAGACGAAGACGUGGUCAUGGACACAUCAACAGAGACAUGUUGUUAGCCAAGUUGAUCAUGGAGAAUAGCUGA